AUGGCAUCGGACACGCUGUUCGUGUCUGAGAAGCUUGGCAGCGACGAGAACAAUGGAACGGAGCAAUCCCCAUUGAAAACCGUCUUGGCGGGCUUUAUCGCCUCUCAAGGAAAGGCGAAAAUUAUGGUCCAAAAUGCCGACAAGAAAGCUGAAGCCGCGUGGGUUGAGCUUUCACAGGCACAAAGGAAGAAAAUGACGAAAUUGUACCAACAACACGUUCGAAAAACUGAGAAGGGCGCUGAGAACGAAGCUAAGAAGGCUGCACAGGCUGCGGCGGAGGCGGAAGCUCGCGAACGAAACUUGGCUGCAGCUAAGAAGAUUAGCCUUACUCUUUAUGAGUCCCUUCCUGCUGCCACCACUGUCAAAAUUAUCAACGCUAAGCCCCUCCGAGACUCACGCAUCACUGUGAACGCAUGGUGCGUCCUUACCGACAAGCUCUGUCAUACUUACGACGCCCUCAUUCUUCAGCCCGAAGCUACAGUCGAGCUCCACGGUCUGCUGGAAGCCGUUCCCGAAGGUAAAAAUGCGGAAGGAGGUCACGAAUUGAAAGUCGACUACUGGAGAAUGAUCGCAAAUGCUCCUCCUGGUGGUGUUGAGAAUGUCGUCAACAAAGAGGCUGAUCCAGACACUCUUUUCGACAAUCGGCAUCUGGUCAUUCGUGGUGAAAAGACAUCCAAGAUUCUGAAAAUCCGAUCUCACCUUAUGCAGGCAUUCCGAGAGCAUUAUUUCUCUCGCGGUUACCACGAGGUGACCCCUCCUUGUCUUGUUCAAACGAUGUGCGAAGGUGGUUCGACUCUCUUCAAGUUUGAUUACUUUGGUGAACAAGCAUAUUUGACCCAGUCUUCCCAACUCUACCUGGAGACCUGCAUGCCUGCUCUUGGUGACGUAUUCUGUAUGGCUGAGUCUUACAGAGCGGAAAAGAGCCGAACCCGGCGGCACUUGUCCGAGUACACUCACGUCGAAGCUGAAUGUCCAUUCAUUACCUUCGAGCAGCUUUUGGACCGCAUCGAGGACUUGCUUGUGGACGUAAUUGACCGUCUGCUAAAGUCACCUGCAGGCCAGUACGUGUACGAUCUUCAUCCAAACUUCGUUCCCCCUAAGAAACCGUUUAUGCGAAUGGAUUACAAAGAUGCCAUCAAGUAUUUGAAAGAGCAUGACAUCAAAAAAGAUGAUGGCACUUAUUACGAAUUCGGUGACGAUAUUCCUGAGGCUCCGGAGAGAAAGAUGACUGAUCAAAUCGGAAAAGUGAUCAUGCUUCACCGAUUCCCUGCUGAGAUCAAGUCCUUUUACAUGCCAAGAUGCAAGGACGACGAACGAGUUACCGAGAGUGUGGAUGUGUUGAUCCCUAAUGUUGGUGAAGUUAUUGGCGGCUCUAUGAGAAUGUGGGACUAUGACACAUUGAUGUCGAAGUAUGCUGAAGAAGGAAUCGACCCCAAAGACUAUUACUGGUACACUGACCAGCGAAAGUAUGGAUCAUGCCCUCACGGUGGAUACGGACUUGGUUUAGAAAGAAUGCUCACUUGGUUGUGCGAUCAAUAUCAUAUUCGUGAUGUUUGUCUUUAUCCCAGAUACACUGGUCGAUGCAAGCCUUGA